AAUCUGUUGGUUACCGCGUCGGAGAAGGUCUUGCUUGAUUGCGAUGACGUUGAUUGUUGUUUUUUGAGGUAUUGCAUUUUAAGAGCAUCAAAUGAGCACAGCAAUAUGAUUGGGGGCAGCUGGACUGUUUCUAGAUGGAUGCCCCCAGGAAAACAUUCUCCGAGUUAGUUACUCUAGUCAAGUCCUGGCUCCCUUGGCGAUCUGAGCCUGCUAAUGUGUCAAGGGAUUUCUGGAUGCCCGACCAAAGCUGUAUGGUGUGCUAUGACUGUGAUUCCCAGUUCACAGUAUUUAACCGUAGACACCAUUGCCGACUCUGUGGCCUAAUUUUCUGUGCCAAAUGUACGGCAAAAUCAGUUCCUGUACCACCUGAUGACACAGGGCUUCCUCAUCAAGAGCAAGAGAGGAUUCGGGUAUGUAAUUAUUGUUUCGAGCAGUGGGAGCAGGGCAUAGCUUCUCAUGAUAAUGCAGAACAGGUUUAUAACCUGGAUCUAAGUACUUCACCAUCAGCUGCUAGUUUCCUCAGCACUAAAUCUAGUUACACUGCUACUGGUAGCAGUUUUAAUAAUGGCUCAAUGCCAUAUGUGGUUGGGCAUUAUCAAAAAGUUCAACAGAGCUCUUAUCUCAGCCAUCAAUUAUCUGCAAUAAGUACAACAAGCACGGACAGGCAAGGUGAAGCAGGACCAAGGAGGAGUGAUGACCCUGUCAUGGAUACAGGGAAAAGGAAUCCUUCAAGCCAGGGUUCAUUUACACUGAACAGGAGUGAGGACGAGGAUAAUGGGUACAGUAUAUAUUGUUCUGAUUCUGAGACAAAGCAUUUCCCUCCAGUUAAUGAUUACUAUGGUCAAGUUAACUUAGAUCAGAUGAGCAUGUAUGAUGGAUCAAACAAGUUGUAUCAUGAUGGCAAAAAUAUGAGCCUGAAAAGUUUAGGCAAUUCUCCAUCAAAUCUUGGCUUUGACUCACCUUGUUUAGAAGGAAGCCCACGGCUUGGAGAAGAUGAGCAUGAUGUUGGUGAUGAAUGUGAAGCAUCUUCCUCUCUAUAUGCUGCAGAGAAUGUUGAGGCUGAACCUGUGGAUUUCGAGAAUAAUGGACUUCUCUGGCUACCUCCUGAACCAGAAAAUGAAGAAGAUGAUAAGGAAGCAGUUCUGCUUGAUGAUGAUGGGGAUGCUACAGGAGAAUGGGGACAUCUACAAAAAUCAAGCAGCUUUGGAAGUGGUGAAUAUCGGAAUAGGGACAGGUCAACUGAGGAGCAGAAGAAAGGAAUGAAGAAUGUAGUUGAUGGGCAUUUUAGGGCAUUGGUUGCUCAGCUCUUACAGGUUGAGAACCUUCCUGUGGUUGAUGAUCACGGUGAACAGGGAUGGUUGGAGAUCAUCACAUCUCUUUCGUUAGAGGCUGCGACACUGUUGAAGCCAGACAUGAGCAAAGGUGGAGGGAUGGAUCCUGGUGGGUAUGUUAAAGUCAAAUGCAUAGCUUCUGGAUGUCGUUCUGAGAGAUUUUUCUCUGCUUCUUCUAGUAUGGUGGUCAAGGGAGUUGUUUGCAAGAAAAAUGUUGCUCAUCGGCGGAUGACUUCAAAAAUAGAGAAACCACGGUUGUUGAUUCUUGGAGGUGCUCUCGAGUACCAGCGGGUUUCUAAUCAAUUGUCAAGUUUUGAUACCUUGUUACAGCAGGAAAUGGACCAUUUGAAGAUGGCAGUAGCAAAGAUAGAUGCUCAGCACCCUAAUCUUCUUCUGGUAGAGAAAUCAGUUUCUCGAUUUGCACAGGAGUAUCUUCUUGGCAAAGAUAUAUCACUUGUUCUUAAUAUCAAGAGGCCACUUUUAGAGCAGAUAGCCCGCUGCACAGGGGCUCAAAUAGUCUCUUCAAUCGAUCAUCUGUCUUCCCAAAAGCUGGGCUACUGUGAGAAAUUUCAUGUGGAACGAUUUGUUGAAGACAUUGGCACUGCUAGACAAGAAGGAAAAAAACUGUUUAAAACCAUGAUGUACUUUGAAGGCUGCCCAAAGCCAUUGGGUUUAACUAUUUUACUUAGAGGUGCAAAUGGAGAUGAGUUGAAGAAAGUUAAGCAUGUGGUCCAGUACGGGGUUUUUGCAGCGUAUCACUUGGCUGUAGAGACAUCUUUUCUUGCUGAUGAAGGAGCCUCCCUGCCAGAACUCCCAUUGUUCAACUCUCCAAUUACUGUGGCACUUCUAGAUAAACAAUCAAGCAUUGAGAGAUCCAUAUCAACAGUUCUGACUAUCCCUGCCAAUGAAAAGUCCAACGAACCUCAGCAUAGUGAACCGUUGAGAUUUAACAGUUUGCCCACUUCAGAACUUGCAUCAUUCAUCAUUAAUGGUCCUAUCCAGAAAAUGGAACAGACACUACCAUCUUGUUUACCCAAAGCUCCAAGUUUACAGUCCAUACAACCCACUUUAAGUUCCACAGAUUCACCAGGUUUUCUAUCCUCUGCUUUUUGUGAAAAAGUUGAUGGAUUUGAGGGAAAAAAUGAAAUGGGGCUGAGAGAGUUUCCAAUGGUUAAAAAUUCUGUAGCCAACAGGGAGCUGGCUACCACUAGGGAUUGUCUCAAUAUUGAUGUUGGGCCUUUAGAGACUUUAAGACAGUGUUCUCUGAUAAGCAGUGACCAAAAAGAUCACAAAGUAACUGAUGCAAAUCAGCUUGGUGGUUCCGAAGAGUCAUCCUUGCAACCAGAUGCUAAUAACAAUCCUGAGGAGCCAACACAGUGUGAAGAAGCAUUUCCUCCCUCACCUUCUGACCAUCAGAGCAUUUUGGUUUCUUUAUCAUCAAGAUGUGUGUGGAAAGGGACUGUCUGUGAAAGGUCUCAUCUCUUUCGAAUCAAAUACUAUGGAAGCUUUGACAAACCUCUUGGUCGAUUUUUGUGGGAUCAUUUAUUUGAUCAAGAUUAUCAAUGCCAUUCGUGUGACAUGCCUUCAGAAGCACAUGUUCACUGUUAUACCCAUAGACAAGGCACUCUCACUAUAUCUGUUAAGAAGCUCCCAGAGAUUCUCUUACCAGGUGAAAGGGAUGGGAAGAUCUGGAUGUGGCACAGAUGCCUGCGUUGUCCAAGGACCAAUGGUUUUCCUCCAGCUACUAGGAGGAUAGUGAUGUCUGAUGCUGCUUGGGGUUUAUCUUUUGGGAAGUUUUUGGAACUCAGUUUUUCAAACCAUGCGGCUGCAAGCAGGGUCGCUAGCUGUGGCCAUUCCCUUCACAGAGAUUGUCUUCGUUUCUAUGGAUAUGGGAACAUGGUUGCUUGCUUUCGGUAUGCCUCAAUUGAUGUUCUUUCUGUCUAUCUUCCACCAGCAGAACUUGACUUUGACUUUGAGAAUCAGGAGUGGAUACAAAAAGAAUCAGAUGAGGUGGCUGACAGGGCGGAACUUCUAUUUUCUGAAGUUCUCAAUGCUCUAAGUCAAAUUGCAGAGAAAAAAUUUGGCAAAGAGGCACUUCUUAGCACCAUUAAGGUACCUGAACAAAGACACCAAACUAUUGAACUAGAAGGGAUGUUGCAAAAGGACAGGGCAGAGUUCAAGGAAUCAUUGGAAAAGGCAUUGAAGAGAGAAGUGAGAAGAGGGCAACCUGUAAUUGACAUUCUUGAGAUUAAUCGACUGCGGAGGCAAUUACUUUUCCAAACUUAUAUGUGGGACCACCGCCUGAUUUAUGCAGCCAAUUUAGAUAACAAUGGCAUUGGGGAUGAUUUGAGCAGUGAAAUUCUAGAAGAAGAGAAAAAACCCUUUGCACAUGGUAAUAAAGUCAAAGACAUGAAUUUGGAAGUGGAGCUCGAAAAAGGAUCUGACUCUGUUGUUGUGGAUGCAAAGCUUUAUGGGAGUUCAGAUCAUGAAGGAGAAUUUGGUGGUGUCACUAACCAGUAUGAUGCAAUUCAGCCAGAAUUAGCCGUGAGUGAAGAUUCAAGUCGUGGAAAUGAAGAAAGGGGUAAUCUUUCUACAAGCCAGAGCAUGUAUGAUAAAUCUGAACAUGUAGAAACUCGGGCAAAUGUUCGUCGAGUCCUGUCUGAGGGCCAGUUUCCUUUCAUUGAUGAUUUGUCAUAUACACUUGAUGCUGCAUGGAUAGGUGAAAAUCAUCAAGAAACAAAAAUACCAAAGAACAAUUCCUAUUCAUUUUCUGAUUCUGCUGUAGCAGAUCUUCCUGCUGUAACUGCAGUGACAGAGGGGCUAAAGUCAGAAGACCAUGAUGGAGGUCAAAAUAGGCCCAAUGUUGUGCAUACUCUUUACCCUUCGUUGCCAAUAAAGGGCUCUGAAAAUUUGGAAGAUUCUGUGGGUUGGUUAAGAGUGCCUUUUCUAAGCUUCUAUCGUUCAUUGAAUAAAAACUUUUUAACUAGUGACCAAAAGCUUGAUACAUUCAGUGAGUAUCAUCCCAUCUACCUCUCAUCAGUCCGAGAACCGGAACUGCAAGGUGGGGCUAGGCUGCUUCUGCCAGUGGGUAUCAAUGAUGCUGUCAUUCCAGUUUAUGAUGAUGAACCUACAAGUAUUAUAUCUUAUGCUCUGGCAUCCCCUGAAUAUCAUCUCCAGAUAAAUGAUGAUGGAGAAAGACCCAAGGACUGUGGGGAUUUUAUAGCCUCAUCACCUUUAUUUGAGUCAGUGAAUAAUCAGUUGUUUCAUGCUGUGGACGAGACAACCCUUGGUUCUUAUAGAAGUUUUGCGUCAACUGAUGACGGUAUUUUAUCUAUGCCUGGAACUCGGAGCUCCCUAAUUUUGGACCCACUCUUAUAUGCAAAGGCUUUGCAUCCCAGGGUUUCUUUCGAAGAUGAUGGUCCCCUCGGGAAGGUGAAAUAUUCUGUGACUUGCUACCACGCAAAAUCAUUUGAAGUAUUAAGGAGAAUUUGUUGCUCAUCAGAGCUUGAUUUUAUAAGGUCCCUCAGUCGUUGUAAAAAGUGGGGAGCACAGGGUGGCAAGAGCAAUGUUUUCUUUGCAAAAACCUUGGAUGAACGAUUUAUAAUUAAACAAGUUACAAAGACAGAGUUGGAAUCAUUUAUGAAAUUUGCCCCUGAAUAUUUCAAGUACUUAUCUGAAUCAAUUGGAAUGGGAAGUCCAACAUGCCUGGCAAAGAUUCUUGGAAUUUAUCAGGUUACUACAAAAAAUCUUAAAGGUGGGAAAGAAUCUAGGAUGGAUGUUCUAGUUAUGGAGAAUCUUCUAUAUAGAAGGACUGUUACACGGCUAUAUGAUCUCAAAGGAUCUUCUAGAUCCCGGUAUAAUCCAGAUUCUAGUGGGAGCAAUAAGGUUCUGCUGGAUCAGAACUUGAUUGAAGCAAUGCCAACUUCCCCUAUUUUUGUCAGUAACAAAGCAAAGCGGUUGUUGGAAAGAGCAGUCUGGAAUGACACUUCCUUUCUUGCGUCAAUCAAUGUAAUGGAUUACUCAUUACUAGUUGGAGUGGAUGAAGAGAAGCAUCAGCUAGUAAUUGGAAUCAUUGAUUUCAUGAGGCAGUACACAUGGGACAAGCAUCUUGAAACAUGGGUGAAGGCCUCAGGCAUCCUAGGUGGACCAAAGAACGUAUCACCUACUGUAAUUUCACCAAAACAAUACAAGAAAAGGUUCAGGAAAGCAAUGGGUACAUAUUUCUUGAUGGUUCCAGAUCACUGGUCUCCUACCGUGAAGCCAAUUAGCAUAUCUCAGUCAGAAUGUGAAGAUAAUGCACAAGGUGGGACUUCUGUUGAAUACUUGAAUGAUAGUCACUGAUUGUACAUUCAGUCACGUAAUUCAAUUUUGUUUUGAUCUCCAUUUUUUGAUUCUUUUUGAGAGAAUUUUUUUAUAAAACCAAGAAAAAGAAAGAAAUUCAUUAUCAUUUUUUUAGGAAGUCCAGAACAAGGCUAUGAUGUGAAAGCCAUGGAAAAUUUUGACCGAGGUUUAAUAUUUGAUCCUCUCUAUGAAAUUUUUGUAUAUAUAUAUAUCUAGCCUUUCUUGAUGUACAAAUGCAUAUUUCAUGUGAAUUCUUGUCCUGUAUCAAAAUUUUCUUGUUAAUCAUAAAGUCAUUUCCUCUUC